GCUCCUUCGUUUCUCAGAGCUUCUUCUCAGUUUGGCGCAGAAAAUAGAUUGCAGAGCAAAUGGAGCUCCAAACCAGCAACAAUGGCGGCGAAAGCUUGGAUUCAGAUAUCAAAACCGAGCUUCAAGAAUCCGUUAAUGGCGCAACUCACGGUGCUCAUGAUCCCCAAUCGGUCUUUGAAGACGUCGACAGCGCCUGUUCCACUCCUUAUGUCAGUGCCCCUUCGAGCCCCGGCCGUGGACCCGUUGGUGGAUUCUAUUACAGCGCUCCGGCUAGUCCAAUGCAUUUCGCCAUAACUAAAGCCUCGAGCUCAUCUGCUCAGUUGCCGUCGUCUUCGUUGAAAGAUAGCCAUUCGUUUUCGUUUGAGUUCGAGUUCUCCGGGAGGUUCGGGUCUAAUGGCUCCGGUUCAGUCGGGUCCAUGAGCUCGGCGGAUGAGUUGUUCUUGAACGGGAAGAUCCGGCCGAUGAAGCUCUCGACUCACUUGGAACAGCCUCAGGUUCUGGCGCCAUUGCUGGAUCUUGAAGGGGAAGAUGAAGAAGACGAAGGGGGAGAAAUUGUAGGGUUUGUUAGAGGGAGAGAUCUGCGGCUUCGCGAUAAGUCUCUCCGGCGGAGAACCAGAUCUAUGUCGCCGCUGAGGAAUACGCCGCCGGAAUGGACGGAAAACGACGAUGGAGAUUUGAAUGCAGAGGGCUUUUUGGAGAACGAUUCCGAAGAGGGGAAAACUAUGGAGAAGAACGAAGAAGAAGGGUUUAUAAGUUCAGAAACGACCACUCCUUCAGUUUCUGCUUCGUCUUCAAGAUCUUCCUCCGCCGGAAGAAACUCGAAGAGAUGGGUUUCUCUGAAGGAUUUUCUAUACAGAAGCAAGAGCGAAGGAAGAAGCAGUAAUCACAAAUUCUGGUCCAACAUUUCAUUUUCUUCCGCAAAAGAGAAAAAACCUCCCACAAAUCAAGCAGCAUCCACUUCCACUUCCACUUCAUCUGCUCCAAAGCAAAAGGUUGCCAAACCAUCAGCACAGAAGGUUAAAGGGGGAAGUGGGCAAGCUCCGGCGAAGAAGCCGGCGGCCGGAAAGCCGACGAACGGCGUCGGAAAACGGCGGAUUCCACCGUCGCCUCACGAGUUGCACUACACAAAAAACAGAGCUCAAGCUGAGGAGCUGAGGAGGAAGACAUUCUUGCCUUACAGACAAGGCUUGCUUGGCUGCUUGGGAUUCAGCUCAAAGGGCUAUGGAGCUGUCAAUGGCUUUGCAAGGGCUUUAAACUCUGUCUCUUCCAGGUAAAAAAACAAGACAAAUAAAUUCAAUAAGAUAUAGCUAGCUUUUCAUUUCAAAGAAAAUUGUAUAGCAAUUUUUCCUUUUGCCUUUUCUUGAAACUUGCUCUCUCUGCUAAGAUGAUGAUUAUAUUAAUGUAUUCUUGUUAUUGUUUUGAUCUUCUCUUCUUUUUCUAAUCCAAAAGAGCUCAAGUUUCUGAGGACCCCAUCACAAAGGGGGUGUUUGUAGAAUUUAGAAAUCAAUGGGGUGUUUCUUUUAUAACACCCCCAAUGGCUUUUGUGUUAAGUUACUGUUUCUUCCAGCAUUGUAAUAUAUACCCUUUCUUCUGCUGCACUGUUUCAGUCAGCUAAGAUUAUUAUCUA